AUGCCCUCCGGCGACUUCCUAGCCACAUGCUAUCGGUUUUGUUGUAAGAAGGAUCCGACACCACCCGGUAAAACUGAGAAAAAUUUCCCUGAGCCCAAGAUCAAGCCGCCGCCACCCAUCAGCACAAGGCCGCCCGUUCGUUUCGGGCCCGACCAUUACUGUGGACGCUUUGGUCGACCGUCGGUGACAAAGGCCAAGCUGACUCAGCCCCGCCACGAACAAACAAGCAAAACAGCCAAUUUCGCCUGU